GUAUCGUCUGCCAAAAUGAAUAACUCACUAGUAUUGUUGAUUUCAACUGUUGUUUUCGCGUUGGUAUAUGCAAACCCAGGCAAGGAGAUAGAUCAUAUGGACGGCGGUGCAAUGAACAUGACUGAUAUGGAUCCUAGUAACAUGACGGGAGGUCCAAUGAAUGGGCACUCGGCGGAAAAGUCUUCCGAGGAGAAAAAGUCACCUAGAAGUAGUCGUGGAGUUGGUGAAGAUCUCAAAAACGCUGGCAAGGAUGCUAUGAAUACCAUGGAAAACGCUGGGAAAAAUGCAUGGGAUAAGGCUGGAGAGUUGGGAAAAUCUGGUAUUAACACCGUUCAAUCUGCCGGAUCUGCCGUGAAGAAUGGAGCAAAAGACUUGGCGGGAAAAGUGGAUAAGGCUCUGUAAAAAUUUUAUAAUAUUUGUUUGUUUGCAUUUGGUGCAAUUUUAUUGAUUUCCCUGUAAAAUAAAAAAAAUAAAUGAAUGAAUAAUCGACUCAAAA